AAAACAUAAUAUUAUUAUGAAAUCAUGAAUACCUAUUGAAUGUAUUACGGAAUCGGGAAUUCGAUCUGCAUUUCAGGCUACAGCUUAAAACUGAGUUAAAAGUAUAAAUUAUAUUGUUUCGCGAAUUAAGAUAAUAAUAUAAAAUGUACUAACAUUAUUGAUUAAUGACAAAUAAGUACCUAACUUAAUUCGUGUAUUCUGUCGACGCUUUACUUGUCUUAAUGUCAUUUUUUUAGACAAACUCAUUAAUUCAUUAUAACUAUUGUAAUCCUUAUUACGUGCAUAUUACAGACUGUCUGUGUGUGUAUUAUAUUCUCAUCAUAUUUUAAUUAAAUUAAUAUUAAAUUAAAUUCUUUUAAAAGAUGUCUCAAAACGAAAUUAGUAACUAUGUAAGGACUGCUGAAGAUGUAAAAAAAGUCAUAGAGCACGCAAAACUUUCAGAAAACGAUCUUAAACCAAAUGUACAACCUAUUUAUUUUGGAGAGAAGUUUGAAAACUACAAACUGUUGCAGUUGGAUGAACACAUACUGGCAGAUCUUAAAUGUGGUCAAACUGUGGUAUUCAAAGGAGAUCAUAAAGAAUCUGCUGUUUUGUGUACUAAGACUAAGACCUAUGAUGUUAAAGAAGCUGAAACAUCAAAUUCAAUUUUAUUACUUCCUGAAUUAACAUUUCCAGAUGAAGAGUUCAACAACAUGGAACUUACUAGCAGAAAAGUAGUUGGUAUAUUCCAUACAUACUUAGAAGUGAAACCUUGUAAACCACGUCUUACAAAAUUGAGAUAUUUACUAAAAAAUUGUAGUUAUAAAGGAUCAGAACUUGAAAAAGAAGUAUUGGCAACCAGUGAAAUGUAUACAUUUGAGCAUUUAUCGGCCAAAAUACAAGCUAGUGAUAAUGAACUAAAAGAUGCUCUUAAAGAAAUGGGCGCAUUCCAAAUUGAUGGUAAUUGGAGAGUGCUAGAUUUUGAAUAUGAAUGUAGAGCUUUAUCAUUUUUAUUAAAUUUGAUUGAUGAACAGUCAUGGCCUUAUAAUACUAUACCUAUGGACGAAACUCUCAAUAUCCUUAGUGAAUUAUUGCCUCCGGUAAUACUGCAACAUAUUAUUGAUCAAUAUAGUACUUGGUGUGUAUCAUCAAAUUUAAGUCAAACACACAGAUCACUAAUUGAAGACAAAGUGUGUAGAUUUAUGGCUGUCGGACUUUUACGUCCAUGUGACAAAUUUAAUUUAACUGAUUUCAAGACAGCCUGGCAAGGAAGUGUUCCAGAAGGAAUGAUUACAAACUUGAAACAAUUGGACGGUACAGUUCUUGUUGAUCAAUCCAGUCAUCCACAGACAAUUUGUUAUUUCAAUGAACAAGACUUACCAGACGAUAUAUUAGAAAGAAUUGUUCACUUAUUUCAAGUCAGAAAUAAAUGGACAUUCAAUGAAAUACAACCAUUUCUUGAGAAAUUGUCUACUGAUAAAUUGAAUGUAAAUACUCUGUUAGCUAAGUAUACCAGAGCUACUACUGAUGCGGACGGAGUGCGGUUUUAUUGUUCAAGAUAUAGUUCAAUAAUGUGAUCAGAUUGAUAUAGCAAUAACACUGUAUACAAUAUACAUGCAUUAAAUUAAACUUAUAAAAAAUUCUGUCUAAAGUAAAACAAUAUAAUGUAAAUAAAUAUUAAUUUUAAGAUAUAUCUAUAUAUGUAUAAAAAAAAU